AUGCUGAUCCUUUGCAGUGCUGCCAAGCUCCUGGAGAAGAGUCCGUUCUCUGUCGGCGCCCCAAGCCCCCUGCUCCCCUCGUCAGCGAGCCUGCAGCUGGCUCAGCUCCAGGCACAGCUCACACUCCACAGGCUGAAGUUGGCUCAGACCGCCGUCACCAACAACCCGGCCGCUGCCACUGUCCUCAACCAGGUGCUCUCCAAAGUGGCCAUGUCCCAGCCACUCUUCAACCAGCUGAGGCACCCCACGGUGAUGAACGCCCCGCAGGGUCACACCACAGGCCCGCCCCAGGGGCCCGGCAUCUCCGGCACGAGGUUCCCCUCUGGCGGCAUUGCCUUUCCUGCCCAGAGCCCAGCCUUAGCCACCCCUGGGGGAGGUCUGGGAGCCGUCCAGGCCUCCAACGCAAUUGUCAUGAAUCCCUUUGGAAGUGUCAUGGCUCCGACCUCCGCACAGCAACCCGUGAUGGUGGGUCUCAACAAGGCAGGUGCUUCCACGUCUACUGCUGCAGGGGGCUUUUAUGAGUACAACAAGCAAAAUGUCGUCACUGCCGCUUCUCAGGCAUUCACCUCGGAGGGGGAACAGUCCAGCCAGCACGGCUUCCUUGCUGGUGGCGCCCACACUGCCACCUCAGCAGCAGGGCCGUGCUACGAGAGUCACUUUGGGGCUCCUGGCCAGCUGCAGCACGAGGCAGCAGCGACAUUUCCCAAGGAGUCCUACGGGGCGGCAGCACAGCAUGGGGCAGCACGGGCCUUCCCCAGCGGCCCACACACGGGCUCCCAUCUGAAAGGAGAUCCCGGCCCUGUCUUACAUGGCAGCAGUACAAGCAACCAGUGGGAAAAUAUCCCUAAUUUCCCCAGCCAAAACAAGCCUGACCUCAUGCCCGGCGACAGCCUGUGGCCGUCAGCGAGUCAGCAGCAGUAUGAAAUAAGAAACGAGCUGUACAACCCCGAAGAGCCGACACCUGACACAAAGUUCAGCACAGCCGCCCCCCCCGCCUUCGGCCGCCUCAACCACAGCGCGCAGAGCUUCGGCAGCCCUCGCAUGAGGCAGAAGGAGGAGCGCAGUGGUGGCACACCCGAUCUGCCCACCCGCUCUCUGCCGCCACACCAGCUUGGCGACCUCCGCGGCGUGGCCCCUCUCCACUUCCCCCACAUCUGUGCCCUGUGCGACAAGAAGAUCUUCGAUCUGAAGGACUGGGAUCAGCACAUUAAGGGAAGUCUUCACAUCCAAAAAUGUAUGGCUUUUUCAGAUAACACUGGUAUCCGGUGUAUGUUAAGCUCAGCAGAUGGAACAUUGCAUUUAUCACCAAAUAAUGCAGCAGUUUUCAAUCCAUCUAGUAUUGAAGAUUAUCCGCCAAAUGUUGGUGCAUCUUUUAUCGCUACACCAGCAAGAUCCUUUGGCCAGCCAGGUCCUACAUUUUCUUCUCCUUCAUCAGGGUUUCCCCAGAGGAAAUCUACACAGGGUCGAGUUGUUCACAUUUGCAACCUCCCCGAGGGAAGCUGCACAGAGAAUGAUGUCAUUAACCUGGGCCUCCCAUUUGGGAAGGUCACCAACUAUAUCCUCAUGAAAUCUACUAACCAGGCCUUUCUGGAAAUGGCUUACAGUGAAGCAGCCCAAGCCAUGGUACAAUACUACAAAGAAAAACCUGCUAUGAUAAAUGAUGACAAGUUACUUAUUAGGAUGUCUAAAAGAUACAAGGAGUUGCAGCUGAAGAGACCAGGUAAGAAUGUGGCUGCUAUAAUCCAGGACAUCCACUCACAGAGGGAGAGGGACCUGCUACGUGAAGUGGACAGCAGGUAUGGCACUGAGAGGCCCCGUUCCCGCAGCCCCAUAAGCCGCUCACUGUCACCUCGAUCCCACACGCCCAGCUUCACUUCCUGCAGUUCACCACACAGCCCGUUGGGGACCGGCAGGACCGACUGGGGAAAUGGGAGAGAGGCAUGGGAUCAGUCCCCCUAUUCUCGACGGGAAGAGGAAAGAGAUAACAGAGAAUGGCGAGAAAAUGGGGAUGAGAAGAGAGACAGGACUGAUACGUGGGUACACGAGAGGAAACAUUAUUCCCGACAACUGGAUAAGUUUGAUUUGGAUGAACAGCUUGAAGGAGGCAGAGGACACCGAGAAAAAUACUUAAGGACUGGUUCCCCUGGGUCCCUUCACCCUUUAUCUGGCUACAAGAACAGGGAAGAUGACUAUUACCGAAAAUCCUCUAAGUCAAAAUCUGAGAAGUUUCAGAGGCAGCUGCAGGAUUUAUCUGGGAGGUCUAAGAGAAAGGAAGAGGCAAAGAUAAGGGAACACAGGCAUUCUUAUAGCAAGGACACUGCCAGGGAGGAGGCAGCUGAACAGAAGCACAGCAAAGCAUCUGAGGGCUCCAGGCAAAAACAAAGCGAUAAGAAUAAGGUGAAGAAAACUGAAAAAGACCAAGAAGAUGCUACUGUUGAAGGCAGUGAUGUGAAGGAAACCAAACCUACUGAGAACGAGCUUGAAAAAGAGGAGCAAGUUCCAGUGAAGAGCUCACCUUCAGAUAAUAUACAAGAAAAAGAAUCUGGAGAGAUUCUGGAAAACACAAGGAAAGAGAAGGACCGAGACUGGGAGAGUGGAAGUGAAAUAGAAGGUGAGACCUGGUAUCUUGCUAACAUGGAGGAAUUAGUGACAGUAGAUGAAGUGGGAGAAGAUGAUUUAAUUAUGGAGCCUGAUAUAACUGAGCUUGAAGAAAUAGUUUCAGUUGAUCAAAAAAAUAAAGCUGCUUCAGAAAUGUGUCCCUGUAUGUCAACCGUGUUAGAACUGAAAAACGAUCACAGCCACUUAACCAGGAGUGAAGACAAAUUUGCCCAUAAAGCUUUAGAAACAAACUUCAGAACAGCAAAGGGCAGUGCAGCUUCUAGUGGCUGUCAGGAAGAUGAUGAGGAUGAUGAUAAUGAUGAUGCUGUAACUGAAGCAUCAAGCCUAAAUCUGGACCCUGAACAGAAGCCAGAGGAAUUGAAAGAAGACCAAUCUGCUAAGGAGUCUGAUUGCCAGCAGAAGGAAGGAAAAAUUGAUAAGAGCUCUGACACUCAUUUAGAGCCUGAAGAUCACCAUAUACCUUCUGUUCAUCUGAAAGAAGAGACUCUUCAGCUCCCUGAUACAUUUAUAGAUGAUUACAAACAGAUGGGAUCACAAGGGGCUGAGAGCAGAGAAGUUACGGAAACACUCAUUAAAAACACUAGUGAAGAAACAAGACAUGGAAGCCAAGAGUGUCCAGAGGCCAAGGCAAAUUCUAGGUUCUUGGAAAUGAGAUCUCUGGAAUACCCGGAGGUAGACUCUAAACAAAGGCCCUCUGCACCAGGCUGGGAACAAGAGGACGUCUUCGAGCUCAGCAUUCCCCUGGGUGUGGAAUUUGUGGUGCCUAGAACUGGGUUUUACUGCAAGCUCUGUGGACUCUUCUAUACAAGUGAAGAGACAGCAAAGACAAGUCACUGCAGGAGUACUGUUCACUACAAAAAUCUCCAGAAGUAUCUAUCCCAGCUUGCAGAAGAGAGCUUGAAAAUGAAGGAAGAAGGCAGCCCUCUGCCUCAGGAUGACACUGGCAUUGUUCCUCACUUUGCAAAGAAAAAACUAUGAUGCAGAUGAACUGGAAGAGCUGUAAUGAGUGAAUGCUGAUACUUUUUUUUCUUUUUUUUUCUUUUUUAAAAAAUUUCUAUGAUAUAAUUGUCAAUUUGCACUGUACAGAGAAGGGGAAAUAAAGAGCACGUUCCAUGCAUCUAUGCCCAGAGUGCCAUUAUAAACCAAAAUGCCUGAAACUGUUUCCCACGGUGAAGCAAUGCUGGCAUAUCUGUUAGAAGUGGAGCAAUUCUUUCUCACACUCUGUGUGCUGGGAGUGGUUUCCUAGAUUAAAUCAGAAUUCUCAGGGAUUCUUAAAGUUUUAGUUCUGAUGUAACAUGUCAGGUCAGGUGGAGUACUUAGAAGCACUCAGCAUCCUCCAGUGAACGCUGGAAGGAAAGGAGAUUGUGACUAUUUAUAGGCUUUAAUGUUGCUUAAAAUAUCUUCAGCCAUUUCACUCAUUGCCCCUGUGAGAAGUAGAAUUUGCAUAUGUAUCUAAAGCCAUUUUGCUAAAACUAGUGAGUAGAUGGCAUAAAGUAAACCCCAUCAGCACCCAUGUCCAUGUCUUAGAGCUUGGUGAAAUGACAAAAUGUUUGUGUUGUCAAGAACUGUAUACUGCCGGUGUUGUGUGAAUUCCAGGGGAGCCACAGUCUGUCCCAGGGAUCUCACAGCCUGAACCCGGCACAGCAAGAGCAGUUCAGAUGCACGUGCUGACAGCCAGCCUGCUCUAGUUUCAGCAUUUGCCAUGGUGUGAUCAGGGUGUUCUCCAGGGACCGUUGUUUGAAACUCUUCUUUUUGAUAAUUCUAAAGGGUGCCAACUUUGAGUCUUACAGACUUGAAACUCUCAUGAGAGGCUUUUUAAAGUGCCACAUGUUUGGACCAUGUCUCUUUUAGACAUUUUAUUCAAGAUCCUUGCUUUUGGGGUCUUUUUGUUUUCUUUAAAGCUUGCUUUUCCUCAGCUUGGCAACGUUGAAUUUUUCCUGGUUUUUAUGGAAAGAUGCCAGAUUUUUAAUAUUGUUUUUGUAUUUUAUUUCCCUGAAUUUUUUAAGGUGAAUACAACAACUGAUGGCUCAUGGAGCGCUGCACUGAGAACACAGGAUGCACCAGCAGCUCUGGCAUUAUUAUGACCUAUUGUUUCUGCACAGUCGUUGCUUAGUAUUUUGCAAAGUCCCUUUGAAAUGCACUGUGCACGUUUCUGGUUCGUUUCAAUAGGGCUUUGUGUACUAAUGCCUUAAGUUUUAGCUUUCAUAUUUUUCAGAUUCUGUGCUGCCUAACUUUGUAGCUCUGAGC